AUGUUGAUUCUAGCUAUUGGUGAUUUCCAUAUACCCGAGCGAGCGGUGGAUUUGCCCGCCAAGUUCAAGAAGCUGCUGUCUCCAACGGGGAAGAUACAGCAGGUACUGUGCCUGGGCAAUGUAUCACAAUCCUACUCCACGCUGGAAUUUUUACGUUCAAUAUCGUCAGAUCUUCAAAUUGUGAAGGGGGAGUUUGAUCAUGACUUGUCAUUGCCGUUGAGUGCAACUUUCACUUACGAUAAACUAAAGGUGGGUAUAGUGAAUGGUUUCAGUAUCAUUCCGCAUGGUGAUCCGUUAAGUCUGCUCACACAGGCUAGACUGAUGGAUGCAGACAUUCUGAUCUCUGGAGGCACGCAUCGAGUGGAGGCUUACACGUUAGAUGGGAAAUUCUUCAUAAAUCCAGGCAGUGCCACGGGUGCAUUUAGCACGAGUCCUCCUGACAACGAGGAAUUGGAGGCAAUUGCUUCUAUAUUGGCCGAAGCUAAGGCUGCCAUAACGGAACCAAAAGAUGAGAAGCCAAAAACUGAGAAUACCAAGCCGGACGAUGAGGGCCCGAAGGAAAAUGCCGAUGUGAAGGAGGAGUCAAAAGAACCAGAGUCAGAAGAACCAACACCGGUGAAUGAGCAGCCACCUUUGCCCGAGCCUACUAUAGAUGGAGAAAAAGAAGAAGGUGAGAAGCCUUUGAGCACGGCGGAUAUCGAAGAUUAUCUCGAUCAAAUUCCAAGUUUCUGCCUCUUGGACAUCCAGGGCUCUGUGUGCACGCUAUAUCUUUACACCUACAUCGACGGAGAUGUCAAGGUUGACAAAGUUACCUACCGCAAGGAGGAGUACUAA